CUCUUUACACAUUUCUUCUAAAAUAGGACAUUAUGCAUAAUGACUACUUUUUACUUUGGAAAAAGAAUGUGCCUCUCCUGGGCUUUUAACUUGAAAGAUCACGCCGGAAGUUGUGUUGACGCUAACUUGACGGAGUGGCUUUAAAUGGGAAUACCCUCUGCUGCUGUGGGAGUCUCCUUUAACGAAUCCCGUCGCGUCACUGGGAUGCGGUCGCCGGAGCCGGGCACAUAGCCGAACACCCCAGCUCUUGCUCACUGCCGAGAGGGACCACUCAACAUUUCCUCCACCCACCAAAGAUGACAGCUCCACCAAACCUGAGCCAUGCAGCGCCGCAGCAACAGCGCUUUUUGGUGUUGUUCGACUUUGAUGAGACCAUCAUCAAUGAGAGCAGCGAUGAUGCUGUGGUGCGAGCUCUACCGGGCCAACACCUCCCCGACUGGCUGAGAAACAGCUACAGGGAGGGGCACUACAACGAGCACAUGCAGAAGGUCCUGGUCUACAUGGCGGAGCAGGGUGUGUCCGAGGACUCCAUCCGUUCAGCAGUGGAGAAGAUCCAGCCCUCCCCCGGCCUCCUGAGCCUCUUCCAGUACCUGCACAGCCACCAGCAGGACUUUGAGCUGGCAGUGGUCUCCGACGCCAACAUGUACAUCAUCGAGACGUGGCUGGAGCGUGCCGGCGUGCGUCACCUUUUCCGGAAGAUUUUCACAAACCCGGCAAGUUUCGGUGACACCGGCUGCCUCGUGCUGCUCCCGUUCCACUCCCACUCGUGCUCCUGUUGCCCUGAAAACAUGUGCAAGCAGGUGAUCCUUCGAGAGUAUCUGGCAGGCCGGCAAAAGGAGCGUGGAGGGGCCCCCUUCCAGAAAGUGUUCUAUAUCGGAGAUGGGGCCAAUGAUAUAUGUCCCUCUUUGGCUCUGGGGCCCCGGGACACUGCUUUCCCCAGGAGGGACUUCCCCAUGCACAAGCUGCUUCUGGAGAGGCAGCAGGCCCAGGCGGCCAAGUUCAAGGCAAACGUCGUUCCCUGGGUCAGUGGAGAGGACAUAGUGGACUGCCUGAAGAAAAUAAUGGAGGAGAGAUGAGGUGUGUGAGUGUGUGUGUUGGUUUAAGUACUUUAGGGGGGCACAAACAGCAAAGGUGCACAAACCCCAGUCCUGGUGAGAAGCAGGACAUGCAUGAUUUUAACCCAGCCACACUUGCUACAACCUAUAAAGAGUAGUUUGAUUAGAAAUAUAUAUUUCAGAAUUUCCCUUUCUCAUGGAGUUAGAUUUUUAUAAAUCCACCACUAGGAUAUCUGUACAGUUACUAUGUAGACGGUGAAAGGAGCCAGUAUAAAGCUUAGUAUUAAGAAUGUAAAACAGGGGGAUACUUCUGUCAGGCUACAUCCAAAAGUGAUCAAAUCUUAUACAAAUACGUAACAUGUUAAAAAAAAAAAUGCAAUGUUAAGAGACUUUUAGAGGUACAGAAAGACAGAUUUCCGAAAAUGUUGAACUAUUCCUUUAAUGCUUGCAUGGUCUCAAAGCCUUCUGUUAUCUAAUUCAAAAGAAUUGGCUUGAUCAAUAUAGAGAUAAAUAGUAUUGAUGAUGCGUAUAAGUUCUGGUUUUCGACCGCUUAUAAUCUUUAAAAAAAAGUUGUGCCUAGUGUGCUCUGGAGGGAGCUAAGUCCAACACAGUCAGCUCAAUUAAAACCUCUAAACAUCCUUAAAUAUGAAUGUAACUUAGGG